AUGUCGAAGUACGCCAAUCCCGAGUACUGGGAGGACCGGUACCGCAGCAAUGACACCACUUUUGACUGGUUCGUCACGUAUGACAACCUGCAGGCCAUUCUUCGCCCUCUCCUGCAGCCGGCAGAGCAGAUUCGGGUGCUGGUAGUGGGCUGCGGCAACAGCCGUCUCUCCGCUAAUAUGUAUGAGCACCUCAAUAUCAAGAAGAUCACCAACGUGGAUGUGUCGCCAACGGUGAUUAGUCAGAUGCAGCGUCGCUAUUCAGAGAUGAACGAGAUGCAGUGGAUAUGCGCCGAUCUGCUCACCACCCCGAUUGAGAAGCUGAUGCUAGAGCUCUGCCCGAACGACUACCUCUAUGACUUCAUCGUGGACAAGGGCCUCGUGGACAGCAUCCUCGGCGGCUCAAACUCCUUUCACAACCUGUACACCUUCAACAAGAACAUGUCGCAGCUGCUGAAGCGCGGUGGGCGCUUCGUGGUCGUGUCGUACGGGUCACCCGAGACGCGCAUGGACCAUUUCCGUCGCAAGAAGCUGAACUUUGAUGCGGAGCACAGGGUUCUGGAGAAGCCAAUGCUGAGUUCCUCGACCGCUAGCCCUACCGGGCACUACCACGUGUACAUCAUGGUGAAGGUUGGUGCGAAACAAGGCGCUGCGGUCUCCAUGGCGGCAGAAGGCGAGUCGGAGGAAGACGACGAUUUCUAUGACCGCUUCAUGACGCAAAACUCCGCGACACACUGA